AUGAGUAAAGAGCAAUUGCAUCAUCUCUCCAUGUUUGCCUCUUCUGCUUCGGAGAAGGUGUUACCAAAUGUGGUAUCGUCGUUGCAACAAGCCUCAUCAUCAUCCUCGGAGGGAUCUGGUGAUGCAACAUCAUCAAAUAAUAACAAUAACAAUACUUCUACACAAAAUGUUCAAUACAGUAUGGAAGUCUUAGAUUCUAUACUGCAGAGUAUUGCUUCUAAUUUGGAUAUGCACAAGUGUUACGAUUGGAAUCAAUUAUAUCUUUUUAUGUCAUACAAAAUUCACGAUGUACGAAAAUCAUUCGGAAAUAAUCAAGACGGAUUUGAACCACUCAUGCAGUCGAUCGAUCAUCAUCUUGUUAAAUUUGCUAGCAAUCCUCCAUUCACGCUACAACGUUUGUGUGAGUUAUUAACUCAACCCAACAGACACUACAAAAAACUAGGUCAUUUACUUUCGUCGAUAGAAAAGUGCUUAACUGUGAGUUCAUUCCUUUCCGAUUUUUAUGACGAUGGCUCAGGUCGUCAUAUGGAAUUAAGCCAAGAAGAAAUUAUGAAUGAUAAUACACAACAUAUUUUGGAAGAAGAAAAUGAUGUUACCAUGAAAGAUGUAUAA